UCUGUGCGAUGCCAGAUUUCCGAACAACACGACCGCCAUGGACAAGAUGAAUCAUUCUCCCGUUGAUGCUCAUUGAUGGCAGCAUCACCGCGCUGUUACACAGCUACACGCCAUAUACUUUUGGUCCGACUGAGGCAGAAAUGGACCUGAAGUCGAUGCUCAAUGAGUCUUCGGCGCAGCGGCAACCUCCACGACUACAGACAUCUCAAUCUUCCUACGAGCAACAACCUGUACACACUCCCGCCUACGAUCCGCUCGAGCGCACCUCAUCGUACCCUCAGCCCACUCCGUCCUCCGAGUAUAAAGCUGUCUCCAAUGGCUCCUAUUUUGCCGUCCAGUCCCCCCACCAGCAGCAGAAUCCUGCCUCCGCGUCCACUCCCAGUGUAACAGGUCAAUCCAUAUAUGCGCAAAGUCCAGGGCCACAUGGACACAUACACACACCACGCGAAGGUGCUCCGCCUUCACAUCCGUACCAGUCUCCCUUUGUUCCUUCCCCUUCACCGUCAGGACCUCUCCCUCCCACACCUGGAUCUGUCCAUCAUUAUCAAACUCCAUCUUCGGCGACCGCGCAACAACACCCCGGCACGCACACCGCUUUCAGCCACUCACCUCGAGAUGAAUUGAUCUCCUCAAAUGGUAAUGCGCACGCCAGCGCCCGAAUUCAAUCGCCUCAGGCUCAAUUUCACCCACCCCCGGCGACGCCAUUAGGUCCGCCUGUUUCCUACCCUCGGCCAGCAUCGCACUCGCAAAGACCUAUUUCUCAAGGACAGGAAAGCUAUAGAAGACUGUCGGUGAGCUCUGUAGGCUCGACGCAGAGCAGGGAUCACAAUCAAGCAGCCUAUGCGCAAGCGAACCACUCCAGAAACGGGAGCACACAAAGAACUUAUUCGGGGGACGUGCGCAUACGCGAACGAAGCAUAGAAAGUGUUAGCCCAAAGACGAUUCCGAAGCCAACUCCAUCACGACAGACAAGCAUGGGAAGAUUUCAGGAUCCACAAGCAGAAGGGUAUCAAAGCGCACAGCCAUCAAUUGCGUCCAGCACGAAUACACAGCCUCUAGGCACUCCCGACAGAAUCAUUGAUCCUCAAAACUACGACACAACCCCAAAGUCCACUUCAACGCCAGCUGAACUGAAAGCAAUCCCUCAAUACCAAGCCUCUCGUCCAAGUCCUGGUACGGCCGCCAACUUGACCCCUCAAUCGAUUCAUUCUGAACUUCCAGCUCAACCGAGCCCCUCAAUCAUUUCGCAGCCAGCAUUGAAGCGGAAUGCGAGCCACAUGUCAAGCGCUGCCUCUACACCCCAGCACCCUAGGAAACGUGCUCGCCGUGACGAUGUUCCCCUUUUUGCCCGCAGUGCCAGAACAAAGCACUUGAGAUUCAUCAAAGGUGCUCCAGUGCCAGCGCCUACGAGGAGCGAGCCUAUCGUCAAGAAAGAGCCGCAGAUCCCGAAUGGACAACCACAACUCCAGAUUGCACUUUCCAUAGGCACCACCCCGUCCGAACUUCCGUGGGAGCCAUCCAUCACCAAUGUAGUACCCGUUGAAGAUCUCACGAGGAAACUGUGCACUUGGAUCUACUCGAUUCUAGGAGAAGCCAGUACGCCUCAAGGUGGAGCAGUAUUUGAGAUUGAAGCCAAACUUGGGUCCAUCUUCGACGAGCAAGCCAGCCAUCGACUGAGUCUGCCUGUCGAGACAGAAACAUUUUUCAACCGAGACAAAUAUCGAGGAAGGACGAGUUUUAAGAGUUCAAUGAACAUGAUCCAGCAUGAAGCACUCAAUACCUUUCUUAACGGAUUGGUGCAAGAAUCCGCACGGCGUGCAGCUGAGAAUCCGGAUAGAACAGUCAUUGGUUACGACCAUCCUCAUGAAUACGACGAGUUCUACGAACUCACGGAUGAGGGCCGGAGAAACUUGCCUCCCUGGAUCGUGAGCUGGUUGAAUCCCCGGCACAAGCCUCGUGUAAGGAGGACUGUCGAUGAAAAGACAGGCGCAUUGAAGGCGCAGAUUAUCAAAUCAAGAAUCUCUGAUGUCGACAUCUACAACCCUCUGACGGAUUUCGACUAUAGAGUGUCGAUUUCUAUUGAAAGUCCUUGGGAAGGAGACCUCAACUGGCUUACGGAAAUGACAGACGGUGGUCGUGAUCGGCAAAAAGACCGUAUGAGCUACCGACACAUGGCAUAUCAGAUUGACCUCACUCAGGUUUCUUACCCCAAUAGAGUUGAGAAGGAACACGAGUUAGAGGUCGAGAUCAGCACGGAACAGAUCCGGAUCCAGCUGGCAAACGCGCGAGAGGGUCGGCUCAGUCGAUACGAAGAGAUCGUAAAGGGGUUCCUCGACAAUGUGAGGAUACUUUGCCGUGCGGGCACGAUUACUGGUGGCAGAUGAUCAUGAUUCCAUGCAAUGGUCCCGGAGUGAACGUGCAGGGCUUAGGGGGACUGAGGCUUGAUGUUUUUUCUAUUCGAGCGGGCAGAACUCUUGAUUGAUACCCUUGUAACACAACAUAUAAUUUAAAGUUCUGGGACGGUAUUUGAUGAGAGUCGUCUAGAUUCCUGUUUGAACUCAGAGUACGGAGUACUCGUACUGC